AUGGAAUGUGAUUUAAUUCAGAUUGGUGCGAUAUGUAAUAACUUUGAAAAGACCUGUGAUUUUAUGAAAGAAAACAAUCUGAUAGCUUCAACAAUGAACUGUGAUAAAUGUAAUAUGUCUAUGUCAUGGCAGAAAGAUAAAAAGAACAAAUCAGAUGGCCAUGUGUGGCGUUGUACUAAAUGUAGAAAAUGUAAAUCUGUUAGAUUUGGAAGUUUCUGGGAAGGCCAGAAAGCUUCACUUGGCACACUGUUAAUGAUUUUGUACCUUUUUUGCAAUGACGUUCCCGGUCACAUCACUGUAAAAAUGUUGAGCGUGUGUGAGAACACUGUGUACAGCUGGUACAAUUUAUACCGUGAUUUAAUGUCCCGUUCUCUUCUGGACGAUCCUGUUGUCCUUGGGGGUGUUGGUCAUGUGGUAGAAAUGGAUGAAAGUAAAUGGGGGAGGAAGAGAAAAUACAACAUGGGUUCCAGUCAGGGCAUUAGAAACUUUUGGAUCUUUGGCCUUAUAGAUAGGCAAAGUAAGAAGGUUCUGCUUUUUAAUGUUCAUGACAGAACAACAGACACCCUAUUGCCAAUAAUCAUUGCCCAUGUUGAAGUCGGUACACAAAUAAUUACUGAUGAAUUCAAAUCCUAUAUUUGUCUACAAAAGGCAGGGUAUGCCCAUGACACUGUAAAACACAAGGAUGGUUAUGUGAACCCCAAAACUGGGGCCCAUACCAACUCCAUUGAAGGAUUUUGGGGCAAUGCAAAGGCAAAGUUUAAGUCAAUGCAUGGUGUCCCAAGAGAACAGUUAGCUGCUCAUCUUGAUGAGAUUAUGUUCCGAUGGAACAACAAGAAUGAAUGUAUGUUUACCCUCAUGCUUGGCCUUAUGAACAAAUACUACAAAUUUGUAUGAAUAUUUGAAUGAACCAAUUUGAUCAAUUCUGA